UCUUCUAUGUUCAAUAGGGAAACAUGCGGACCACGUCGUGAUAGAAUAUUAAUUAAUGCAUUGUAACGCUAGUAAACUAAUAUACGAACAUAAUUAUUUGUGUGUGUGUGUGAUAACGUAAUAAAUUUUGCAAGUUUCUCAGUAGGCUAUCUACAGCCGAUUUAGGUUAAAAAGAUAACACAUUCAAACACUAUACAAGAUUGUCGGUUCGUGCUGAACAUUUACAAAUAAACUUUUCACCAUGGCAAACGAUCUCAUCGACAGUUAUAUUAAAAUAACAGUUGAAGAUGAGAUACAUUCUGAAUUUCUUACAAUUGUGGACUGUUUAAAGCAUUACGCAAACACUCAGUCUGAGACUGAGGCUUUCGUCUUUGCGUCAACGGACGGUUCAAGGCAAUCUGUAACAUGGAGUGAGUUGUACAAUAAGUCUAAAGCUGUCGCGAAGUCGUUUGUUCAUCUAGGAGUAAAGGAAAAGGAGGUUGUAGCUAUGAACAUAAGGAAUUGUCCGGAAUGGCUUUACGCCAGUUAUGGAGCUAUAAUUGCCGGAGCAAUUCCAAUCAGCGUAUCGUUUACGUACGUCGAUGGAAGUGACCUUGUGGCAUUGAUGGAAAAAUUGCAGAUUUGUUCACUACUGGUCAUGGAUCCAGGUCUCGAGAAUAUAAAUUGGGAAAUUGUACGAAGACUCCUAGAUAAUUUUAACGCUAAUGGUACUGUAAAAAGUAGUAAAAUGCCUUAUCUUCGGUAUUUGGUCGGCGUCUCAUUCGAUCAGGUCGAUGCUCAACUUCAGAAAUUCAUUGACCUUGUUCAUGACAUCAAGUCUGGUAUUACUCUUCCAAAAGUAAGUGCAAAAGAUACAAUUUCACUUUUCCAAACGUCAGGAAGUACCGGAGUGCCAAAACUUGUUGCUCAUAGUCAUGAAGCCUUUUUUAAAUGUGUCACAGGAAAACAUGCUGAAUAUUUGGACGCCAAAUACAAACAUUUCAACGAUCGCCCAUUUGCAUGGCUUGGUGGAUAUCCUUUAUCAGUUAUCACAGGGCAAACAAGGGUCGCGAUUUCUGGAUUUUGCAAACCCCCAAAAGAUAGAGUUUCAUUUAUGAUAGAGGUGAUUCAGCGAGAGAGAUGUUCAUCAAUAGUUGCACUCCCUCCAUUGAUGCAUGAGCUAAUUAAACGGCAGAGUGAUCUACCCUCAGAUUGGCCAGUAAUUAUCAUAGCAAGUGGUGGUCAGCCUAUGACGAAGAAAAUCACAUCGUGCAUUGGAAAAAGCUGCAAAUAUCUUCUUUGUAUGUAUGCUGCCACAGAGUUUGUUUACCUUGCAAAGUCUUUGAUCGCUGAUCCUGAAAACUUCACAGAAUAUUCAUGUGGGAAACCCAUGCAGUUUCCUGGACUGGAAAUAAAAAUUGUCAAUGACGAUGGAAAAAUUGUCCCAGUCAACACAAGAGGUGAAAUAUACUGCCGCUCACCAGCACUGUUCAAAGAAUAUUUCAACGACCCAAUAAAAACUAAUGCCGUGAAAUCGGUAGACGGAUGGUUCAGAACUGAUGAUAUAGGCAGAUUAACCGAAUGUGGAGAACUUUUUGUUGAAGGCCGAAAGUCCAACAUGAUACUUUCAGGUGGAUUCAACGUGGCUCCUGAAAUUCUGGAACAAGUGAUGAAGAAUUUCCCCGGUGUUGAGGGUGUAGUUAUCGUACCUGUCCCCGACGAUAUUUACUUCCAGGUAUUGUGCGCAUGCGUUGUGAAGAAAGCAGGAAGUGACGUGACAGAAGAAGAGCUUCGAGAAGUUUGCUCCAAUUACCAUGCCGACAAGCCAGGGUUAUUCACAGUCCUUCCAAAAUUUUAUUUGUUCUUUGAAAAAUAUCCAGAAACAAGCACUGGAAAGCUGAAUCGAAAAGAGCUUGAAAAGAUUGCAAAUCAGCGUUUCAAAUCUACGUCAUAGAUAUACUUUCGUAGCUAAAUGCAAUUCGUUUGAUUUUAGACAAUGUAUCAGCUAGUUAUAAUGGCUGAUAUUGUGUCUACGCAAGACGUCAAUGUAUUUUGUGUUUAAAACAUAGGUCUUCUUAAGCAGUAUACUUGGAUUAUCUGUUUUCAUAUUCGUAUGUAUUGUUAACUAUUUUUAUUUUAAUUUAUCGUUUAUCCUUAUACAUGUAGUACUGGUCUGAAAGCAAUGUAUUUAAAGUUCAGUUCUUCUGAUGUUUUGCAUAUAACGCAUUUUAUUUAGGAGCCGUUUUUUGAUCACACUUAAUCAGGACUUGGAUAAGAUAACAGUUAUUGCUACUUAACAUAGUUAUUUAUUCUGAAUAUUCAAGGUCACGGAAUAGGGUACACUAAAAUAGCGUGUGUGUUUAUGUAAUAUAUUUGUCUUAAACACUCCUAUGAAUAAAAUAAAGUCAUUGUAUUAUCAAGACAUUCUAUGUUCUGAAAUGUAUUCCACUAAACAGUUGAUUGCAUAACUUAAAAAAUGUUUUGUAUUUAUUGCACACUGUUAAAUGUUCUUGUUUUGAGCUCUUCAUUUUACCAAUGGUCUGAAAACCUUCUAUUCAUUUCUUCUUAUGUUUAACAUAAUGUGAUACUUAGUUAAGGAGACGUUUCCGAUCAGAUUGGAUCUGUUAAAGGACUUUGAGAUAACAGUUUUUUAUUGCUUCUUAAACUUCUUAAACACAACAGUUAUUUUCUAAACGUUCAAAAUCAGUUACGGUUAUGCAUUGUUUCAUAGGAGUGCGCUUACAAUAAUUCUGUGAUAUUUUUUAUAUAUAUGGUCAAACCUGUGGUAAAUAUCAAAUGAGAACAAAGACCAUCCUGUAAAUAAAGGUCAGUUGUUGACAACACUUCCUGAAUCCAAUAGCACAUAGAAAUCUCCAAAUAAAGACCAUUUGUCUAUAAAGGCCACAUUUGUAAUGUGACCAUUGGUCACAUGUCUGACUGUAUAUGUAAUAUAUUUGUCCUUUGCACUGUUCAAGAGAAUAAAAUGAUAUAAGUAAUAGAAAGAGCAUUGAAACACGAGGCUUUCUGAUGGUACUAUAUGAUUUUAUAAAUAAGUUAUCGUGUUAUAAAGAAAUGAUAUGUUCUUAAUUGCGUUCCA